CUUGUUUCUGAUCGACUGGCACGCGCUGUGCACGCGUGACUUUGUCACAGCAUUAAGAAACCCUAUUACUCAGAUAUGGCAGGGGUCGAUGUUUUGAAAACCCUGCUCUAUACAAUCAACACCUUCCUCCAGCAGGAAAAAUACAAAGCCGCUCUUGCUGUGCUUAAAGGAUUCAGGAAUGGCGCCGUGUAUGGUGCCAAGAUCCGGGCUCCACAUGCACUGGUGAUGACCUUUCUUUUUCGAAGUGGCAGCCUUCAAUCCAAGCUGAAAGCUAUAGCCCAAGCCACAUAUACACACUCAAGGAACCUAGCCUUCUUUGUAUUUUCAUAUAAAGGACUGUUGGCACUUCAGAAGUACAUUCAGGGAAAGAGUCUUCAGUCUCACUCGUUCUUGGCUGCUUGUCUUGGAGGUUGGCUGGUAUUUGGGGACAAUAACAAUAUCAACAGCCAGAUAAAUAUGUACUUGCUAUCUAGAAUUCUGUUUGCCUUGUGUCGCCUGGCUGUGGAAAAGGGCUACAUCCCCAAGCCCAAAAGAGACCCCUUCCCACUGUUUGCCACACUGGUGUGGGGCAUCGUCCUCUGGCUAUUUGAGUACCAUCCUCACACACUGCAGCCCUCACUUCAGUCCUCUAUGACCUACCUCUACCACAACAGCAACACAUGGCACGACCUGUCUGAUUUUCUCAUAUACAACACACCACGGAUUUAAGCUUCUUGAGCAUUCUUUUCUAUUAAACCACAACUAGUGAUGAUGGUGAGAAAAUUGUCAAUCACAAGUUACAUAAUUUCCUCAGUGUAAUCCUAAUUUUAAAUGAACAUAUGAUAACCUCUGAUUUUGUACUUUUUUGCACAUUUGUAAAUUAGUGUUCAAAAAGAGAACUAUUUCAUAAUCGGCAAAAUGAAUAACAAAACACAAUUUGAACACUUAAUUGUUUGUUAAAUUAGUUAUUUUUUAACCUUUUAUUGCUCUUUGAUGUAGGGCAAUGUACUAGGUCCUAUUUGAACUUUAACUUUAUAUAUUUUGCAACAGUGACUGCAAGCAAACAGUUUCUAAACUUAUCAGUUAGUCCUUGACACUGUCCGAUCACUCAUGCGUAAUUAUUUUUAGUUUAUGACCUUUAUGGGUGUCAAAGUAUUAACUUAUUUCAGUCCUUGCUGUAGCAGCUCAGUAAUGUGGACCAACUUAAUCGUUUAUGCUGACAUGCUCUGACAUUUUCAUUUUUUUCCUUUGCUUUUUGGGACUUCUGUGUGAUGCAGUGAGAUGUAGUCUCUAUUUCCUGGAUAUUCAACUAAAUUUUUUGGAGGUCCACCUAAUUCUUUGCUUAAAAAGGUACUGAUGUGCAGUAAACACAAAUAAUGAAAUUUAAUGUUAAACCAUUAAUGAGUAGUUAAUUACUAUAAAUAAGACACAUUAAUCUGAACUGGAUAUGUUUUGUUUCAUAGUAGUGCAUCACAUGACCACAUUUGAGUAGCACCAAGGACACGGAGGAGAUGAACUUGAAGCAGAGAAUAAACACACACUUCUCUGUCCAAUUGUCUUUAAAUGUUCUGCUUUUGUUGUUGACUUUUUUAAACAAGCAAUGUCCUUAUUUCACUAAUCAAUACAGAGAUAGCCAAAUGAAAUAAUAAUAAAAAAAAUCUUUUAAAAAUAAAAAAAAGUCUGUGAAAACUUUUUCAUGAUCCUUUCACUGCCUUUAGCUGUUUGUAGAUUUAUUUUUUGCAUAUUUUACAGGACUCAUCCAAAUAGUGUGUUUGCCAAGAGCUUUUUACAAAAAUAUCAAGGCCAUGACGCCUGAUAACAACUGAGCAUAAGAGGCUUAUGUGCUGGUCACACCAGACAAAGAAUAAAAGUGGAACGACCAGAUCUUUAGUUAUCUGAAAUCAGAUUUAAAUUCAAUUUAAUCAGAUUUAAAUUGAGAAAUGUGUACAAAUGCACUAAUGACUUAUGCACAG